GUCUUCAGCAAUGAGAAUAGCAGAUGGGUUCGGGGAACGAAGAUGUGAAGUACGAGUAUGUGCAGAUCGGCGUUGUGGUUGGCAUUGUCUCACGUCCUCCUCACCGUACAGAUUGAGCAAUGCACAUUGCACGCUUGUGCGUUUCUCUUUCAUCUUCCUUCCUGCCUCCGCUUUUCUUCCCCUUCGUCCUGCUUAUCCUUUCUCCUGCUCAUGCAUCGCCCUACGUCCUCCACCAAAGCAUCACCAUCUUGAAGCGUGAAAAGCAAAGUAACGGAGCUCGCAUCAUCUGCGGGCGCUGUGGGUGUGACGGCACCGAGAGUGUCAUGGCGCUAGGGUGUGAACGCGUUGAGCGCUCUCCCCCCUUCUCCGACUGGUCAAUCUCGUGAGGUGUACGUGGGUGAAGGCGACGCGCAGGAAACACAAGCAGCAAUGUUCAUUGCGCAGCAAGUUGUUGGCUCAGGGGUAGGUGACACUGUCUUGCGCUCUCCUUCUCCGACUCCGCCCGCGUGAACUGAUGAUGGUGUUCGCGGGUACUCUAGUUGUGUUGCAUGCUGCGCUCAUCAAGACCUUAGGUGGACAGCUUCUCUACGCGUUCUUGUCAGUUACGAGGCGGAUUGGCCGAUACUGUCUUCGUGCUAAGGUGUGGUCGUUGGAAGGGGAAAUGUGUACGUUGUGAUGUCUGCCGCUAGAGUGAUACUCCUCCCAGGAUGGGUGUCCUCGGGGGAGAAAUGUGUGUGAUCGUAAUGAGCAUCGGCGUGUUACUCUUCCGCAAGCUCUUCUCCUUGAUGAUGCCGGGUGAUGAUUUACCCUGGGGCUGAGGCAGUUGAAAUGAUGGUGCCACGAAGCCUGGCGGAAUGCAAUUUUUCGCACCAGCUGCUCUUGAAGAAAGAUGUGGUGAUAUAUGUGGUGAUAUUGGCGGGUGUUGAUGUAGGGAGGUGUAUGAUGGCGAGAAUGCCCGUCGCGGUGCUAUCCUUGCGCUCUUUCCUUGGG